CAGCUACAUUUUUUUUCUUUCUUUCUUUCUUCUUUAUAUAUUGCUUGUACUACAAGUAGUAUGGUAACUUCCAACAAAUUGCUGUCAGAGCUACUUGCUGAAUGGACAAGCGCCAUUAUUGAAAUUAACCUUACUCAAGUUCGUUUACUUUUAAAACAAGAGCCUGAAUUGUUAUGGACUCCUAUACCCCACACAUUGGAUGACAUUAAUCAUCUACAAACAAAAUUAACACAAAUAAAGCAUCUCGGUUCAUCCUUUUAUCCUCUUAGUGCUAUUCAAUUUAUUUGUCUUUAUCAUCGAGAGGAUAGUCAGGAAAUAAAAAAAUCAGAAUUAUUAACCUAUUUAGUCAAGCGAUCUUCUUUACAUGAUCUCAAUACUCAAUUUUGGGGAGAGUGCAAUAAUUCAACUUUACAUUUAGUUUGCUUUCUAGAGUAUGUACCCAUGAUUCGAUUAUUAAUUGAAAGAGGUGUAUCUAUUACACCUGUUAAUGAUCUUGGCUUUGAACCGAAGAAUGUCACAUCAUCACAAACAAUUCUUGAUCAUCUACAUCGACCAUCAGAAAAGCAAAAACUAUCACAAACAACGAUUAGGCCUAACUAUAGUACACCAGAUCAAUUUCAGUUACUUCGAAAUUUAGCAGAAGAAUCAGCCUCCUCUAGUAAUAGUAGUAACAAUAUUGUAGUAACUUCAAACAACGAUUAUAAAAAUAAAAAAUUAUUAGAUAUUACCUUGGACCGACAAAAGUCAGACGGCCGUUUUUUCCGAAAGGGGAGGGUUAAGGAGACACAAAAAAAAGUACUUUUGACAGAAGAAGUCGUAGUUGGAUUAGGAAAGCAAAAAAGACAACUGGAGGUGGCUCAACUAGUUAAAAAAUCCGCUGUCAAAAAUAACCCCUUAUUUAAAAAGUUGGAGAAAAAGAAAAGUAUGUCUGCACUUGUGCCUCAUCCUACUACUAAUACCUCAGUUGUCAAUCAUGAAAGUACACCUAUUAUCAGCCAAUCUGAGCAAAACUUACUAUCGUCAUGUAAUAAAAAGGAAACAGAAGAAGAAGAAGACCAGUCAGCGGGAAGGUCUAGGAUUACUACUGAAGUUGACCUUCUUCAAGAAACUAACAAGGAUACAAACAUAUCUGAACCAUUUCCUAAUAGUCGAGAGUCAUCAUCCAUUUGUAACAAAUUAAAUCAUGAAGAAAUGAACAAAGACAAUAUGUUAUUACUUACUGAGGAUGAUGACUUGCAGCAAAGCAUAACUACCAUAGACAAUUUAUACCCCAAUAAUAAGAUUAUUAAUGAUCCAAUUGCAAAAGAGCUUACACUAGAAGAACAACAUGGUAAAGAGGAAGCAGCAGUAGUAAUAGAAGAAGAAGAAAAAGAAGGAGUAGAAAUAGAAACAGAAGCAGAAAUAGAAAAAAAAGGAAAAGAAGAGGAAGAGGAGAAGAAAGAGGAAGAGGAGAAAGAGGAAGAGGAGAAAGAGGAAGAGGAGAAAGAGGAAGAGGAGAAAGAGGAAGAAGAAGACGAGGAAGAAGAAGAAGAAGAGGAAGAAGAAACAGUCACAAUUCAAUAUGCUACUCGCUUAGUUUUACCUACUUAUAAAACUGCUAUUAUUUUGAACAGUAGUAGUGAUGAGAAACUGUCCGAACAACAAAACAACCUUAAAGAUAGAAAUAAAACAAAGCAACUUUCAAAUGAUUCUGGUAUAGAAUUUGAAGAAAAAGCAAUAGAGGAUAAUACGACAUCAUCAGCUACUGAAGUACAGUUAUGCUCACCCGUACGUCCACCAAAAUCUAUAUUACGUGAAAAUGAAAAUAACCCUAAUAUCUCGCAAAAAUCAAGUAAUGAUGAAGGUCCUAAAAAACGAAAAGAUGCGAAACGAAUGAGUGGCAGUCAGAAAGCUUCCUGGACAAUGAGUCUAAGUUCUUGGGCAGCUAUUCUGGAUAAAGAAUUUAAGUUGGAGGAAGUUGAACAUGAGGAAAAGGAACAGCAACAACAAGGAUCAACAUCAUCUUCAACUAUAUCCUCUAUUACAUCAGUGGCAAGUUUUUCAUCAAAAGUAUUGGAUGAAUUUAUAGAAGAAGGAAAGCAGCAAAAUAAGUAUGAUUUUGAUUUAGAUGAAAAGCAAGAGAUGCAGAAUUCAGAUGGAAUUUUUAAUAAUAGCCAUGAAACUAGUGUACUUUCAUUAGAAUCUGCUUUAAAAAUCGAAAAUAGGAAAGAGGAAGACCAGAAAAAGAAGACGUUAAAUGACAUACCGCAAAUUGGAGAAAUAUCCAUGAUACAUUCUUCAAAAUCAUUGAUUCAGCGUAAAUCAAUUUCAGCUUCUCUUCCUCGUGUAUCUAGUACUAUCUAUUUAAGACAACAACAACAACAACAACAACAACAAAACUUUAAUACCAUGUCUGCCGCAUCUGCACCUUCUACUCUUUCCUAUAAUAAUACGAAUAGGCCUCCAACGGUUAAAAUGAAAGCCAUGUCAACAAGUCGUGGUAAACUCUAUUUACAUGUGAAUGGAGUUCAAGAUAUAUUACUCCCUAUACCAAAAGAACGCGCUUAUGUACGUUGCGUAGUAAGCGAUGGCCGAUUUGAAUAUAUGUCACGAUACGAGAUUCUAACACAAAACAUUCAAUUCGAUUAUGAAUGUGUUAUUGAUACCCAUCCCGAUAUGAUCAUUACUAUUUCACUUCAUGUUCGACCUGAUUAUGUUAUGAAGAAGUCACGUCAUUAUUAUAAAGGCAGCAAUCAUAUUAUACCAUUUUUCUUUUCUCGCUUUCUUUCCUUAUCUAAUACUUUUAUAUCCUAUCAUAAUAAUGAAAAAGGGAAAAAGAAGAAGAAGAAGAAGAGGAUGAUGAAAGAGGAAUGUUUAUCGACUUAUGUUAAUAAAGAAGACGGGGCAAUUGGACAAGCAAGAUUUGCCUUGGCUCAUAUGAUACCUGCCUGCAUAGAGACACCUUAUCCUGCAGGCUUUCACUGUUUCAAUGCUUGGUAUUCAAAGUCAUUAUGUCAACGAGCAAAGAUGAUAAAAAAGAAACGAUUACAUAAUGUUGAAAAUGAUGUUUUAAAAGUAGUAGGGAAUUUUGAUGUUGAAAUGUUAUAUUUACCUAUUCCCAACAAUAGUAAAGAGUCUUCCAUUGCUAUGCCUCGCAGUUUACGUGAAUGUAAAGGAUUUAUUAUUCAACAGCUUCAUACUUCAUCAUCUCUUGAACAAGAAUAAUGGAUAAAAUAAACGC